AUGAUGGACAUGCCCAAGCAAAGCGACGGGACUCUUGGGUUUAGGAAUGUCCAGAUCACGGACCUGGAGGAGGCUUUUGUUGUACCUCCCAACUCUCAAGGCCUCGGGAAGCGCCUCUCUGGGAACCAGUUCUGGAGGAGCCCUGAAGCGUGGGCAAGAGGAGCGCAGAAUACCUCCGCCGACAUCUUCUCAUUCGGCAUCGUUGCCAUAUAUGUCUGGCUCGACCGGAUGAUCUUUUACUCAGACGAGGCAAACAAAGCCGAGGACCCAUCAGAUAUGAUACUCAGGCGCCACGUAUCUUUUCUCAAUGACAUCGACGACUUCCAUGGUUUCAUCGAGUACCAUGGAGGAGAGAAUGACCCCUUUGUCAGCCGAUUUGGAGGGCUUCUCAUCAGUUCAAGGGUCUUAUUUUCAGGAUGA